GACGACAAGACGGCCAGCCCCGAUGGCGGGGACGAACAGGCCAAGAGAGCCUUGACUUCAACCCAAUUGAGCAUCUCUGGAAAGACCUGAAAAUGGCUGCCCACCAACGUUCACCAUCCAACCUGACAGAAGUGAGCGGCUCUGCGAGGAGGAAUGGUGGAGGAUCCCCAAAUCCAGGCAAUGGGGGAUUCGGAUCCUGUCUUCCUUUCCUGUCAAUCUGUCUGUGUUGUCCGUCCGUCUGCAUUUUGUCUGUCCUCUGUCUGCUCGUCUUUGUUCUUCCAGUUGGCCUGCUGUCUGUCCUUCAUUUGUUUGUCUAUCUUCGGCAUCCUACAUGUCCUGGCUUUCUUGUCUGUCUGCAUGUCCUCUCCCGUCCAUCCGUCUGUCUGUCCUCGCCGUCUCACCUUUAACAGCGGUCCUCGCCACCGUGUUGUGAUUGGCCGCCGCCCCAUCAGGAAGAAGCGGAGCCGCAGCCGCGAGAGGAAGCGCAGCAAGAGUCGAGAGAGGAAGCGGAGUCGCAGCCGCGAGCGCAAACGCAGCCGCGAGAAGCGGCGCAGUCGCAGCCGAGAACGGCGGCGUAGUCGCGAGAGGGGCGGCCGCUACAGAGACUAUCACAAGACGCGGAAGCGGUCGAGGAGCAGGAGUCCCAUAAGGAGAGAGAAGAGUCCCAUCAGAAGAGAGAAAAGUCCCAUCAGACGGGAGAAGAGUCCCAACAAGUCAGUCUUGACGAGGUUGCCGGUCGACAAUUUGACUCCAGAGGAGCGAGAUGCCAGGACCGUCUUCUGCAUGCAACUGGCUGCCCGCAUUCGCCCUCGAGAUCUGGAGGACUUCUUCUCUGCUGUGGGGAAGGUUCGAGACGUGAGGAUGAUCUCAGACAGGAAUUCGCGCCGCUCGAAGGGCAUCGCUUACAUCGAGUUUGUGGAGGCCAGCUCGGUUCCUCUCGCCAUCGGGCUGACGGGACAAAGGCUGCUGGGAGUUCCCAUCAUCGUGCAGGCCUCGCAGGCCGAGAAGAACCGAGCGGCCGCGGCGGCGGCCGCCGCCAACAACCUUCAAAAAGGAUCGUCGGGACCCAUGAGGCUUUACAUCGGCUCGCUGCACUUCAACAUCACCGAGGAGAUGCUGAGAGGAAUCUUCGAGCCCUUCGGAAGGAUCGAAGGCAUCCAGCUGAUGAUGGACAGCGAGACGGGGCGGUCCAAAGGAUACGGCUUCAUCACGUUUGCAGACGCCGAGUGCGCCAAGAAAGCUCUGGAACAGCUCAACGGCUUCGAGCUGGCGGGUCGGCCCAUGAAGGUGGGUCACGUGACGGAGCGCAGCGACGGGUCUGCCGCCGCCUCUCUGCUGGACAGCGACGAGCUGGAGCGCACCGGCAUCGACCUCGGGACCACCGGGCGGCUGCAGCUCAUGGCUCGUCUCGCCGAGGGGACUGGUCUGCAGAUCCCUCCAGCUGCCCAGCAAGCGCUGCAGAUGAGCGGCGCCAUCGCCAUCGGCGCCAUGGCCGCCGUCUCGGCUGCCAUGAAUCCAUCCAUGAACCUCAACAUGAACCCGCCGGCCCUCAACCUUCCGUCUCAGCCGCUGGCCACACACUGUUUCCAACUCUCCAAUAUGUUCAACCCCAGCAGUGAGGAGCAUCCCGGCUGGGAGGUGGACAUCCAGCACGAUGUCAUCGAGGAGUGCAACAAACAUGGUGGCGUGGUUCACAUCUACGUGGACAAGAACUCAACGGAGGGCAACGUGUAUGUCAAGUGUCCGUCCAUCCCCGCUGCCAUGGCGGCCGUCAGCGCUCUUCACGGACGAUACUUUGCAGGCAAGAUGAUCAAGGCGGCAUACGUGCCGCUUCCCGCCUACCACAACUUGUUCCCGGACGCCGCCACCGCCACGCAGCUGCUGGUCCCGCCCCCGCGGCGAUGACUCGGCAAGCGCCGGACGUCUUUUGAUAUGUCGUGUUCGGAUCGUUCAGUAAGCUACUUCCUGUUGACUUCCUGUGGUGUUGAAAGUGCGGCGGGCGUGGCCUCCAUCCAGCGCGGGCCCGUGCUGUCCGUUGAGUGAGCUCUGUGAGCUGCGAGGAGGCCCGGCCGCUGACGUCAAACAUUCGUCUUGGUUUUCUAAUAAAAUCCUUGAUUAAACUUUA